AUGCCCGGAUGUUUCAAAAAGGCAUGGUAUGGGCUGGCAUCUCUCCUCAGCUUCUCCUCCUUCCUACUGAUCAUCAUAGCCCUGGCGGUGCCCCACUGGCUGAGUGGGAAAAUCCUGUGUCAGACUGGAGUGGAUCUGGUCAACGCCACGGAUCCAGAGCUGGUCAAAUUCAUUGGGGACAUUUACUACGGGCUCUUCCGAGGGUGUAAGGUGCGGCAGUGCGGGCUCGGGGGCCGCCGGUCCCAAUUCACCAUCUUUCCGCACCUGGUGAAGGAGCUCAAUACAGGCCUCCACUUGACGAUUCUGCUGCUCCUCUUCCUGGCCUUGGCCCUGGCUCUGGUCAGCAUGGGCUUUGCCGUCCUCAAUAUGGUCCAGGUCCCCUACCGGGCAGUCAACGGCCCUCGAGGCAUCUGCCUAUGGAAUGUCCUGGCAGGUGGAGCAGUGGCCUUGGCCAUCGCCAGCUUCAUGGCCGCCGUGAGAUUUCACCACCUGACGGAGCGAGUCGCCAACUUCCAGGAGAAGCUCUUCCAGUUUGUCGUGGUGGAGGAGCGGUAUGAAGAGUCAUUUUGGAUCUGCGUGGCCAGUGCGUCGGCCCACGCGGCAAACUUGGUGGUGGUGGCCAUCAGUCAAAUUCCCCUCCCUGAGAUCAAGACGAAAAUUGAAGAGGCCACAGUCACGGCCGAGGACAUCCUGUACUGA